CUCUUCCCUACCCAGGUGGUACCUACCUACCUAGGCUUGCUAGGCACAUAGCCUCUGCCUUUGGCGCUCGCGUGAUGACGUUUCUUUCUUCAUGCGAUCGCACCCUCAUCUCCCAGCGCAGUCAAUGAUCGAACUGGGGCCCGUACCAUGAGGCCUGAUAGCUGACCAGCGGGAGAUGAGACGGGCCAACCAGCCUGGGUCGGAUGGGGCCUUCGGCAAGGUCGAAUUGAAACCAUCCAUUUUCGCCCUCGAGCUGUGCCCAAACAACGACCUGUUUCGCCGCAACACGCAACAGCAGGUCGGCCCCAGCUGCCCAGCCACUCGCGGCCACACAGCGGACUGCAUGAACCCGCAUCUGACAAGAUGCUUUUGAGAGAGAGAGAGAGAGAGAUGUCUGAGUGCUUGCAGCAUGUCCCCGUCUGGCCCCGUGGGCCCCAUCGCCGUGCGUCGGGUCAAUCAAAUCAGAGCUGUUACUCGGGAUUAUCAGGAUGCCCACCUCCAUCUCGUCCUCUCCAGUGCUCACUCCCAGGUGGCGCCAAGUCGCACGUCGCCACCUAAUUUAGACUGUGUCAUGCCACGUCAAACGGCCGCGGCCUGAACCUCGCGGCCCGGCGUCAUGCCACACUACCCGACUGCACGCCUGCUUCUCGUUACCCCGGCCUGUCCCGGUUGCUUGGGCAGUCCCCACCCGCCCACCAAUGCACGUCUGUCCCCACGCACGAGCACCCACAGCCGGCUGCCCAGGCACGACCUCGUUGCUCCUGUUGACUCGGUGGGGCCCAUCGCCCUUCGGCUGGGACGGAAGGAGGAAACAAAGGCAUUGGUAUAUGUAGAGGACAAGAAACCAUCGCUCAUUCGAAUGAAUGAUAGGACGGCCUCUCUGAUGUGGUCAUGGAAAAGGUCUCGGUCGCAUGAGCCUCGCCAUAAUCUCCGUGUUUACUUAGGCCGAACACAUAUACCCAUCUUGCCCUCCUUGUUUCCCACCUCUCGUGUCCCACGCGCCGUGUUCUACACGCAUUGAUGCGUCCCUAUCGUCCCUUGUACACUUCUCAAGUGUAAUCAUACCCCAACGAAGCCGCCCAGAUGGAGCCUAUAUCUUGUUUACAUUGUUCCUGUCCCUAGUGGCUUAUCAACUUUUUGUAUACACAAUCAAACACUCAGUCACGCGCACACACUCUCUCCUCUCUCACUUCAACGACCCAAGAAACGCGAUAGGCUACUCUGUACCCUAAAUCAUCUCAGGUGCAGCAGACGAGAAUAGCCGGUGCUGAAUCACGACCUUACACGGUACACACCCUUUGCCAGCAUAUUCCAUAUAGCAUUGACCACGGUUCGCAUUAAUUUCAAGGAUGGCCUGGGACGCGUCCGAUCGAUUCCGGGCGCGAGGUCCACACCUACAGACCCUCGAUUUCUCAAAAUCCGGCCGUGAUGACUCCGUCUUCGUCUCUUCAUCCAGAUCCUCCAGUGGAAACGACGCCAACAUGACCCUCGGGGGCUUGCUGUCGCCAAUCGAGGAGGAAAGCGGUUUUGUUUUUGACAACGCCCCACUCAAGGUCAAGGUCACCGUCAGGUUUCUGGACCCGGCUGCCACCCCGUUGUACUACAAUCGAACCUAUUCCAGUUCAGCAGCCUUUGAGCCCACCGACAGGAUAUGUCGCGGGCUGUUGCAAAGAAUCGAGCACUGCAGCAACGAACUCAUCACACGGAAUGACCCCGAGGCUUUGAACACGAGGCUCCGCCAGGAGGCCCGGUUCGAGAUCAACUACCAACUUCGGCGUGAUGGCUUUCCUGGAGUAUGGGCUGAGAGGACCUUCAAGUCCUACCAGAAACACCCAGUCACCAGCACGUGGGCCAAAAGCAUACUUUGCUCGACGCACAGCAUCAUCUGCCUGUUUCUUCGACACCAUGACCGGCACUUUCGAUGGACGGACGAGCCCGCGCAUGAAGAUUUCCAUGGCAGACCAUCAACCUUCAAGCCUUCCCUGGCUGGUGCUCCAGAUCUUGCUUGUGUGCCUCGCUCUCGUUUGAUAGAGUCAACACAGGCUUGGGAGUUUGUUCCUGGAUUCACUCUCGAACUUGUAUUCAAGAGCCGCAAUCCGUCAAGACGACAAGCACUCAUCACGCGCAAUGUGAAGGUCGACAGCAAACAGGCUGCACCCCUGAACCUCGGCCAGGGCGAAACGCUACUCUGGCAAGCCUACAGGACGCUCGAGGACAUGCUUGACUCCAGGAGGACUGCCUUCGAGAUUGAGCACGCAGACUGUGAUGGGUUCGAGGGCGUUCUGGAUUGCGACUGCCGGCAUUACGACGCAGACGCCCUCAACGUCGACCUCCGCGUCGUGAACAACCUUGGGCCCCGCUACGAGCACCUGCAUCGCAACAUUCAAAGCCGCCUGCAGCUGUUCAGGCAUGUCUGUGGAAACGACUGUGAUGAGUUUGUGCGCAGCGUCCAUGAAAGAUUUGACCAGCUGAGGGACAAGGCGGACGCGAAGCUGGGGGCACUGAACGACUUUGACCUCCGAGUUACAGAACUCAUCGGUCAUGGCUGGCGAAUCAAGAAUCCGGCCCGCUUCAUCCUCGACAGCAAGACACGCCACACUCGCCGGACCAUCGAGGCGCUGCUUGAACGCAUACGGACGGGCGUUGGCGAUGUCCUGCGGGGGCACGAUGUUGCAGUCCGUAUGAUCGCCCACAAACAAGGGCAUCUGGUCCUCGACAAAGCUCUCAUCUCACGCAACCACCAGCCGUCUGCAGGCCCUUUUGCGCCGACAAUCCCGGAGGACGAGCAGGCAUUGUUUGUGGCGCACCUGAAAGCACGCAUCCAGGCUGACAUCGACCUUGUUUGCAAGGACACAUGCAGCCUUGAUAAUGUCGCUGAGGCGCCGUCCUCCCCUGAACUCGUAGCACGACCACGGUAUCCACCGUCUCGCCCUUUCACACCCCGUGCUACAGUCUCCGAUGAGCCGGUCUUGCCAAGAGUUCGCAGUCCCAUGAAAGCCAACCAUACCACGUCCAACACACCUCCAGGGUCACCAGGCCACUUCUCCCGACCGCCUGUGCUCCCCUCUGUUUCACCCAGAAGCACAUCAAUGCGUGUUUUCCCACUCGUCCCUGCCAAGUACAGAGGACGCGAGGGGCUCUUGUCCACGCCGUCAGAGCAAGACUCGGCCAUUGCCGUCGACUCGGCCAGUGACGGAAGUCUGCUUGACGAAGCUACCAGCGUGGCCUCUCUGACCAUGGACAAAGCUCACAGAGUCGUCGACGGUCAGAGCCAGCAUGGGAAUCCCGUCCAUGAGGAGGCAUCGCCUGUUCUGAUCCCUGCAGCUGAAGUCUUUAAGCACGGCGAGGGUGAUUAUGACGAUUCGAGCUCGUCAAGGUCCACCUGUUCCUCCGUGCCAGCGCUCACCGAGAGCGAGACGGCCACCCCUGAGCAGAGCCUACUAAUUACACCUUCCCAAGUCCGACACUCGUCACCAAAGUCACAAGGCCAGUUCUUCAACGACUAUGGGUACGGUGAACCAUCGAGCCCUUUGGUUCUGGCAACUACAGACCUGUCGGAGCCCACGUACCAGCCAGCCAGCCUCUCCGGUACUCAAGUUCUCACGUUGCCAAAGACGCCAAUCACCUCAACCGCACCUGCUUUUGACCCAGGGGAAGACAAUUCACCUACUUCGGGCUCCGACGGGGCCCUGAAGUCCACCGAGACUUCAACCUGCACAGAAGUCGGCUCUGUCGAAGACCAAUCAUGCUCACAGGAAGCUGACAGCGCCUCAGAAAUGCACAGCGUGACGAGUCCAACCAGUCCUGAUGAGAUGAGCUCCGGCCUGGGCACUAUGAAUGGUACAGAUCCAGCAGGCCCCAACUACGACCGAUCAGGAUGCGAGUCCUCAGAGGCUACACGACGCCAUCUCCAAUAUGAAGGAUGGCUACUGCAUUGCGUCGAAAACGAUCACGAGUCAGACAGCUCUGUCCCAGACAACACUGAAUAUCCCAGAAUUGCCGCCACUGUCACUGAAUGCGAAUCGUCUGGCACGCCAAGGACGCCGGCCCAGGUUCUAGGCGAUGUGCUUGUUGGGUCAGGAUGUCCGGCCCCGCAGCCAACCGCUGACCCGGAUUCCAUCGAUGGGAAGCUGCUGCUGCGUCAAGUCUGUCAACCAGCCGUCGCCCCUGUUACUGUGCGCCAAGAGGGAACAGGCCACUCAGAGCCCCCACAGAUCUCUGAAGCAGCCUCGCCGAGUAGCACGGACGCAACAGAGACGAGGGAUCUGAGGGGUGGGGAUGAUCUGUCAAGAUCCAAGAUGGAUUAUUUCGAGGCAGAAGAGGAGGGUACGGACUCGGAGGAACCUCGUAGUCCUCGGGCCCUCGGGGACCUGCGACGCUCCGCACCGAGCCUGCAACUUGGUGAAGUCUGCGAGUCUCAAGACAUGAUGCCGUACUCAGAAACAGGGCGCGGCAUCUCGCAGAGCCCCGAAGGCACUGGAACAUCCGACGGCGAGUGCAAGCACCUCGGGCCUGAAUCAACGUUGCCGGGCCUGUCUUGCUCAGAGAGACAGCAAUCCCGACCAGACGACUCGAAUCCCACGAUGACCUCAGAGCCAUUAGUCAAAGACGGUGUCCGGGUCGGAGUCCUGGACGUCCCGAGUACCGUAGUUUCGGGCUUGCACGGCCCCGUUCAGGCGAUCGAUAUUCUCUCUCCUUCGGAUUACUCUACUGCACCAACGCCGACAACACCGCCACAAGACGUGCUUGCCAGGCCAGCGCUCGCAGAGAGAACGCCGACCCAGAGCGACUUCCGGCCGGAUGGAUUCCGUCAGCCGACAGUCCAAGUAAAGCCCACCACUUGCCCCGAUGACUUGAAGGGCGGCUUUCUUCUCCCGCCCCUGCCGGUCUUCGCCAGCGUUGGCUCCACCGCCAACCAGAGCAGGGCCAGCUUCCAGUCCUCGUCAUCAGAAUGGGAGGACUAUGUCUCCGAAGCCAGGCAGUCGAGCGAUUCCGUAGACACGAUCCAGCAGGCCCCGUCGCUAUCGGACCAUGACCUCGGCACCCCAGAGCGUCCCGGGUCUCCGAAACGGCUGGGCACGCCUACAGCUGGGAUCCUGGGCCUUCACGAGUCCCGGUGGGCAGACUUUGGCAUCCGAGGCGCGCUGACGGGCAGCCACGCUUUCGACAGGCCGUCGACGGCGCCCAUGCUCGGCGCUGAGCGUACCCCCGGCGAGAAGGCCGCACGACCGGGUGACAAAGCAGGCGAGGAUAGCGAGGAGACGCCGCGGCCGCGGCCGGCGACGCCACACCGCAAGUCGCUGCACCUUCUGCACCACAAGAAAAGCAUCAGCUCUAUCAUCUUCCCCGGGGCGCACCACGGGCACCUGCCCCACCAGCAGGGCAAGACGCCAAGGCCCCUGAGCAAGAAGGAGAGCAAGGAACUCAAAGCGCGAGAGAGGUCAAAGGCCAAGCCAAGGGCCAAGGAGAACGGAAGGCAUGGUGGCCUUGACGUUCCGAAGGAGCAGAACGUUGGGGACGCGGGGCGGUUCCCCAGGGCGAUGAUGCUGAUCACAGGCUUGGCGAUCGCGUCGUCGGUGGUGAAUAGGAGCUCUGCUUAAAGCAGGCAAGUGUAUGAGUUCGGUAUCUGCUCCGGGGGAAAGUUCAAACGGGAGACGAUCUGGUCUCGACAUGGUCAUCAACACGCACACAAUCUCCUGCAUGUAUAGGCACAGUUUUGGCGUUGGGAAAUUCAUUCCCACAGUAUGGACAAAUUAGCAUGGCGUUGCUGUCGGGUCGGGCGAGAAGACACCAAUCCCGCGUGUGUUUUGUGUUCACAGCUCUGAGGCGGAACAGGGGGAAGAACUCACUCUCAUUCUGUGACAGACUUUUCUUUGGGUCGGCUAUCCUAGACUUGGGGGCGUUCACUCGCAGCUAGCCAUGACGAUAAUGAUGAUGACUUCAAACAA